GAGAAAACCACGUUCAAAAUAUCGUGAAAACGACAUAGAAGCAAAAUUUGUGAAAUAAUCUAGUUAUUUAAAUGGCAUUCGACCUGAAAAAUGAGUCAGACGUUAAGGAAUACGUUGAGAAGCUAGGAAUAGAAUACCGAUUUGGAUGUUAUAGCGAAAAAAAGCCUGAUGUAUGUCACUUACUCGGCGACUAUCUAGAGAGUAUAAAGAAGGAUUUUGAGAAGGCUGGAAAGGUUUUUCGAUCAAAUUGUGAUGAUUAUGGAUAUGCAAAGUCUUGUCUUAAAUUUGGACAUUACAGUUUCUUAGGUAAAGGCAAAGCAUCAAGUGUAGAUAAAGGAGAUGCCAAACAAGCGUUCCAAUACUAUACAAAAGGAUGUGAGCUAAAUGAUGCCGACUGUUGUCUUCAUAGUGGAUUAAUUAUGAUUAGUAAAACAAAACCAGCGAUAAUUGAACGAGACAUAACUAAAGGAAUGGAAGCACUUACCAAAAGUUGUAAACUUAAUAACGGAACUGCUUGUUUUUAUCUUUCUGGAAUGUACAUUUCCGGUGUAUAUAAGAAUGACGAUGCUAAGAAAACCACUACACCAGAUCCAAGUGAAUUUGCUGUACAAAAAGACAUGAAGAAAGCAUUUGACUUUGCGACUAAAGCCUGUGAAUUGGACAACAUUUAUGCAUGUGCGAAUCUAUCACAAAUGUACAUGAAAGGCGAUGGAAUCGAGAGGAACGAGAAGAAAGCUGAGCAAUUUAAGAAAAAGGCACUUGAAAUGCAAGAAGCAUUAAAGAAACAACAAGCAGAACUAAAGUUCCAGCAAGGUCUAGGAAAUGCCUAAUUAUGUCUAUAGAAGUUGCUGAUUUGGUGCUGUAUUUAAUUGCUGAUUCCUAUCCGUUAAAUUUUAAAUUUAAACAAUCCGGGGUGUGAAACUAUUUAUCGCCUUGGAAAUUUGAGUUCCAAAAAUCCGUUAGAUUUUAAUUUUAUUACAUUUCUCAGCUAAUCUAGAAGUAUAGGAUCAAAAGCAGCAACUCUUUAACAAAUAACUAUGAAUAUAUGAAAAUAUAGUAGAGUGGAAAUGAUUUUAAGACAAUUUGAUUAGAAUUAAACACAAUAACUGUUAAAUAAUAA